AUGCGGCAGGCCAUCUCGGCCGGCAUCGCACUGGAACAUCUGCGCAAGCCAUCGAUCAAGCCAUCACCAGAGUCGGAAUCAAUAUUUAUUCCGGCAAACUCGGAGGCUGAGGUUACACCAAUGGAUAUAGAUAGUGGCAGUGGUUCCGGUAACCCGGGGACUGAGCGCCCUAACUCGGCUGAAGCGAUGGCAAUUGAACCAAUGGAAGUAGACGAGCCGGUUUUCAUGACUCGUCCUGUGCCGGUUCGGGCACUACCAAUCAUGUCGUACAUCAAGGAUGGAAGUCUGCCAGAAGAUGAAGUGUCGGCAAGGCAGAUUCAGAGAAGAGCAAAGGCAUACACCAUCAUUAACAGCGAGCUAUACAAGAGAGGUGUCACCAAUGUGUUGCAGCGUUGCGUCGAGCCAGAAGAAGGACAAGAGAUCCUCCGAGAUAUUCACCAAGUGCGGUCAUCAUGCAUCCUCAAGAAUGUUAGUAGCCAAGGCAUUUCGGCACGGAUUCUACUGGUCGAAUGCAUUACAGGAGGCAGAAGAUAUGGUCAGGAAGUGCAAUGGUUGCCAGAGAUGUGCCAGCAAAGUUCAUAUGCCGGCAUCUGA